AUGUCCGUGUACGUGAAGUUUGGUAGCAAGCCCUUCCCUCCAGUCAUCAGCUUUGCUGUCCCCAUCCUCAACCUCUCCUUCACCAUAACUGCCAUCCUAGAUGUGGACGAACAGCUGCAGCUCAGGACCUCAUUCCUGUGGUUAGAAAUGGUCUGGGAUAAUCUCCUGCUCUGCUGGCACCUGGAGGAGUGUGAGGGUGUCACCAUGAGCCUGGUGGCCUGAAACCUGUGGCUCCCUGACACUGUGGUCAUCGAGUUCACAGAGGUGGAGAGGGCCCCCAGGGGGCUCACCACAUUCCUGAGUAGUGAAGGUCAAGUCUGAUACAAGAAACCCAUCAAGGUGGUCAGUCUCUGCAGCCUGGACAUCUUCUACUUCCCCUUUGACCAGCAAAACUGCAUGCUCACCUUCCACUCACACCUCCACACAGGUCUGCACCGGGAGUGGGAGCUGAUGAGCAUCACCCAGGCUGCUCCAGAGACCGCCCUGGGCACCAACCUGUACGACCAGAUUGUGUUCUGUGUGGCCAUCAGACGCAGGCCUCGGCUCUAUGUCCUGCACCUCCUGGUGCCCAGCAGCUUCCUGGUGGCCAAAGACACCCUCAGCUUCCUCCUGCUGGCAAAGAACGUAAACAGCGCCCCCUUCAAGACGGCCCUGCUGCAGGCCUUCCAUGUCUUCCUGCUCACCAUGAAGGACCUGCUCCCCUUCGGCAGCGGCAGCUCCCUCAUCAGUAGGGCCCCUUCCACGGUGCAGGGAAGCCAAGGCAGCGGGGAGCGAAGGAGGGGGCUGGGAGCGCCCCCCCCCCCCCCCGCACGCUCCUUCCCUGCUACUGUCGCUGCGGCUGCGGCGGCUGCGGCUGCUGCGCCUGCUGCUGCGCCUGGCCCGGGAGCCGCAGCUCCCCGGAGCUCCGCAGCGGGUGCCAGAGCUCGGGUGUCCCCUGCACGCCUGGGCCAGGUGAGGGCCCCGCCCUGCGCCCCGCGCCCCGCGCUGAGCCUCCGUCCUCUCCACAGCCCCGGAGGAGCCGGGAGACUCGGCGGCUGUGAAGGCCCCCGGGCCCCCAGGGACAGAGCCGAGCGGCUGUCCAGGUCCUGCGGGCGCCUUGCGGAGCUGUGGGUGCGCUGCGGCCCCCUGGCGGACGCCCUGCUCCUCCGCCUCCACCUGCUCCUCCUGGCCUCCUCGGUCCUGGCCGCCGUGGUCCUCGGGAGCACCUAGGCGUGCUGGCCGCGCCGCCUUGGGCCACCGGGCUGCCACGUGCGCUGCCACAUGCGCGCAGGUGGCCAAGUCCCUGCCGCCCUCCGCCUGCCCCAGUCCCGGCCCCUGCGCGGUGCCAUCCCCUCCUCUCCGUGGGUCCCUUGGCCCUGCGUUUCCGGAGCACCCGCCACCUACCCACGUGUGCCUGGGUCGCCUCCUCUGCCCCACGACAGGCCCCAAUAAAUCGUUCUGCAGCGAUCCCCAGCUCUGUGGCACGUUGCAGUUUAAUUAUGUAGGACUGGGGGUCUCUGAAUGUACCCCCCCCCCCGCGCGCGCCCCUCUACCUGAGAUGAAUUUUCAGUGUCAGUAAGGACAAUCCUGGCACCUGAAGUCCAGUGUGGCAGCUGCCCUGUUGGAGAAGACGUC